AUGCGUUUUUGGGCUCUUCUUGCGGUCUGCUUCGUUCUGUCAGAAGGUGAGGUAGCCUCUACUGUAUUUCAGUUUCUUUUUGUACCAGAUUUGUUGAAAUUCAGGCGUACAUUCAAUUUUAGAGAUUCCUCUCGAAAAGCUGUCAAUCAAUCUCUUUAUUGAAUUUCAUAACAUUUACUCAUCCAAAAAAUGAAUAACAUAUACCGGUUCAACCUACCCUCACGAGUAAUUCAAAAUGAAAAACCUCGAUUUUAAGAUACGAAUCAGCUUCGAAAAUGAAGAAUUAAAUAUAGGACGAGCCUGAAUUAAGCAAAGAAGCUGUCAACCUGAUCGAGAAUACCUAAAAAGUUUGCGAAGGCUUGGAAAAUGAUCACCCUCUCAAGGACAAUCUUGUGAAAUUUUCGAAAGGCGAGAUUGAACCUAUUUUUGAACGUAGCUUGAAACUCAAAUUUUGAAUUUUUCCAGAAUAAGAGUUGAAUCGAAAAAGCAUGAAAUCUUUUCUGAUAAAAAACCUAUGUUUAAUCUUAAAAAAAAGUAACGUUCUUUCUGCACCACUUAAAAAGCAUUUCCUAUCUUCAAAAUGUUUCCAGCUUUUCCUACGAGAACCAUCGAUGGAUCAACCUUGACCUCUGCCCUCAACGCAUUAGUUGCACUGGAUGUCAGGCCUGAAUCUAAAAUUGUCUUAGAUUACCAGGUCAAUACAUUUUUCGCUGUGUUACAGUUUUAUAAAUUUCAGAACCAGGCUUCCAAUAAAGAUCCAACUCACGACAACGCGCCAAAGCCGUUCUUCACUUCCGUGGAGCAAUCAGUUCUCGAGCAGCCUACUUAUACUUCUUUCGCCGACCUUCUGGUAGGUAUCAAGAAAUCACUUGUGGAAAAACUGCAUUUUGAAGAGGAACAUAUUAUUUUAUAUCUUUUGAGGUCUACUACAACCCCGACAGUAACACGGCUCAAACCAUUACUCCAGAAUGGAACAGCGCAAUUGACACGUUUUUGAGCAGUGUCCUCGCAACGCCUGUUAUGAACAGCGCUUGGCAGUUUUUGGUCAGCCAAGGUUAGGAAACAAAAAACAAGAAAAUUUGACGGCAAUUUCUUAUUUAAAUUUCCUCUUCAGGGAAGUGUUUGAAUUGAAAAUCGAAAAUAUGGUUCAAAGUACUUUGGUAGGUGUUCUUAAUUGUGAAAAUCCGAAAAAAGAAUUCUGCUAAGGGCGAUAGAGUACUGAGAAAUAAGCCGUGAAAUAACAGGCUUUUUCCUAUGACGCUAAGCAGAUGAUUUUCUGUAUACCUAGGACUAGCUCCAACAAAAGUUCGGACCUGAUCUGCUGUGUUCAUCUUAAAAAGUUCCCAUGUCAAGAUUUACUCCUCUACAGACCUCAGUUGUGGACCUUUUUCAGGACUUUCUUCUUCUGACUCGGCAACUUUCAAGCAGCAGCUUCAGAGCUUGUGGUUUACCCCUUACGCUACUGGUGACAUUGCAAGCAGCUCAGGUUCUUCAGAUCCUUUCUCAUUUGAUAAAGACUGCUAGCUCAGGUUUCAAGUCCGUUUUUGCUGGAGAAAUAGUUGACACCAAAGUAACGAAGUUCAAUAACUGGCUCGCUUUCUACAUUCUCGAAGCUGCUGGCAAAAUCAACUACCAUGGAUGGUUCUCGAGGACAGAUGUAAGAAUUUAUCGAGUUUUAUUUUCACAGAGAAGUUCAUUUUGAUUCUUCCUCGUCUUCGUUGUCGAAUCCUUCAUUGUACUGACUGAUAGUCACUUGCCGUUUGAUUCCGCGUUUUUUCUUUCCCGGAGGAGCGGGUGGAAGGGCUCCUUGCUUUCCCAAAUUCGGAUCAGAGCUGACAAACGAUCCAUUGUUUUUUUGGAAUAUUGAGAAAGCCUACUCGAGUAGAUUCAGCAUUUGAAGGGCCAAUUGGUUGAUGGCCUCAAUUUUGUGCUCGAUUUCUGUUGCUUUUUGUUCACAAAGCUCGACGCGUCGCAAAGCAGGAAGUUUCUCGCCGGUCAUGUCAAAUGGAGAAAUCGACGGUUUCCCAACUAAUGAUGCUAUCACGGCUUCAAGCUGAAAACCCAACUCAUUCUCAUCUAAAGCAUCAUUUCAUUAAUAACCUGCUUCAUUUUCUGAUUUCGAAUGUUCUCGCAUUCUGAAAUUUCGGCUUCAAUGGUGAGCAGUUGAUCCGCUUUGCGUAGGUUCUGUUGAUUCUUACAUAAUCAAACAUUUCAAAUCUUCUUCUCAAACUUGAAAUUUCUUCAUCAAUAUACGGAAUAAAAUGUAGUUGAAAAAUCUCAGCAAAGGUCUGUAUUUCAUCAAUAAUUUUUCGUCGACUUCUGCAAAAUAUGAAAUCUUUUCGGAUAAGGAUUUUUCGGACCUCGAGGACUGAGCUCAUCUAGAUCUUCUUCUAGAGCGUUUUUAAAGUCGAUAUGGUUCUCAACGUCCGAAAUGUCACAGGAGGAAGAAAUCGAGGCAUCAUUGGAGUAAAUUUGACUUUCGGCAAAGCUUAUUCUUUUCUUCUGGAAAGAAAUUAAUAGGAAAUUUGUUUUCUUCUCACCUUUGCCGUUUUUGCGCCGUCUUCUAGCGGAAUAUUGUCUGGUAGACUGCUUCGCCGUUCAUUAUUGUCCUCAAAAUAAUUUCUUAAAUGUCAAAAUUGUGAAACCAACAUGCUUAGCGUAGUCGGCUUCUUCUGCUUUUCCGGUCUCAAAAAAUUUUCGUGUGUUUAUUUUUAUUUCCUAAAUUACCUCUUCGACUCGAGGUUGGAUCAUGACAGCUCCUCUCAUACUGGCUCGCAGCAUCUCCGCCGUAAUGGAACUCUGGUGAUGAAGACUCUUCUUUCUUUUUCCACGGCUGAGCAAAAAAUCAAGUUCAUUAUCCAAACUACGUGAGAAAAACUUCUCCAGCUUUUCUUUGAGUUUUUUCUCCAGCUCGCGAUUUUUGUUCAUCCGUUCUUCUGUUAUGUACAGCUUGUAACAGAUGUGCUUGAAGUAGGUGUACUUGCGGUGUGGCUUCCACUUGGUAGCAAGAUGGUAGCGAUACCUUCAAGUAUGACUCUGUGAAGGGCUACUUGACUUCACCGACCAGCACUGAAUCGUCGACGCUGCAGUAUUUCUCAACCUCGAUUUGCACUCUGUUUUGUUGUCUUCUUCCAUCAUCAAAGUCAAUCCUAUCUCUUCUUUUUUUCGAGAAAACUGUUUGGAAACUAACCAACAGAUAUUUGGGUAGACGCCGCAACGAACGUGCAAAAGGCUACAAAUCCCAAAGAACAUACUAAGACUUUAGUCAGUGUGCCACUUGGAACAAUGUCGCCGUAUCUAAAUUUUCGAAAAAAAAUUCUUAAUUCUGAAAUUUCCUACCCAAUUGUUAAUACUGUAACUACAGUGAACCACCAUGAAUGAGCCAAAGUUGGAAAAGUCGGAACUUGAAAAAGUUAUUAUCUUUUUUGAUCCAGCUUAGUGACGCACUUGUUCCAUUGGGAACAUUGAGUUUGUACCCAAUAUCCGUGAUUCCUUGAGAAUAAGCUUCUGUCGUGUAGAUUAACGUGGCGAGUGUGACGCCAAAGAUAAAUGUGAUGUAGUAAGCGGCAAGAAUUUGCCAUCUGUACAAAACCUAUUUCAAAAAUGUUCUUUGAAACAGUUUCAUAAGUGACAUCAAAGUUCUGUCUAUUUCUGAACACAAGCUGAUAAGAAGAUGAAAUAAAAACGGAGAGUCCUAACUGAUAAAAAAAACUCACUUGCUGAGCAUAAUCAUCCUGCGAAAGAGUUUCCAAGUGGCCAUUUGUCGAUCGACGUGCAGCAAACGAAGAAUCUGAAAGUCGAGUCGGCCAUUUCUCACACUUUUUAUGGUUUUAUGUCUUAUAAGUUUUUUUUUUGCCAUGUGAACACUCGGAAAAUCAUUAACGUGCGCCUGACACGCGGAACUUCUGUUCUUUACAAGGCUCACUUGGAUGAAACGCAAAUAAUCUAGCGUCUUCUGAUCGACAAAGUUGCCUUGCAUAAUGAGCAUCAAAAACGUGGCCAUAACCACAAAAACGUCUACAAAUGUCACGGUUCGUGUCAAGUAAUAGAGCCUUCCUGAAAAGUUGCACAAGAUUAAUGAGUAGAAAAGAGCUUUCUCACCCCAAGGACGUCGAUAUUUGGCAUCGGCAGUGACUGACCACAUUCUAACAGCAAAUUCCAGUAUGAAAAAUACGGCCAGAAAAAUUUCAAGUCCAAAAUGGACAUCUGGAAUAAUAUUAAUAAUACGGAAAGAAAUGGAAAAAUUAUACCGGAUAGGUAAGGAUCUCCACCUGUAGGAGUUGCUGCUCCAAAAACAACAGUCACCAAUACCAAUGUAAAAACAACUAAAAUGUAGACUUUUUUGAUAUUUCAACUUCAAACCGAAUACUUACAGAAAUGAUAAGGAGCUGAAGCUGCAUUAAGAGGCUUUUCAAGGUAAUUGUAAACUUUCAAGCGGAUUCUGCGAAUAGUUCGGGAUGUUGUGUUCAAAUGGAUUGUGCUUCUCCGAGCAAUCGUCUCGUCAUCUUCCAAGAAAGGGUCGUUGAGCCGUUGAAGCUCAACCAUGGAGACAAGAAAGGAAAUUGAAACGUCUGGCAGAUGCAAUAGACGACUGAUAAGGACCUAAAUCGAUUGCGUUCAAUUACCGACUUUGGGCUCUAUUGACGUUCUAGUGGACCAAGCGGUCCUUUCGCUUUUUUCAAGUUUGGAAGACACCCAGAUAAUUUAAUAUUUCGAAGGUUAAAAAAAUUAAGAACAUAUUUUUCUUAGAAUGUUAUUCAAUUUCGAGAAGGAAAAAAAUGAUAGACAUGGAGAAAUUUCAAAUUCACGAUUUUUGAUAAUGCCUGAGAAGAAAAUUGAAAUUUCAUUGGCGAUAACGGUAAACUCAUUUUUCCUAUCCUAUCAGUAAAAUGGCACAAUCAAAUCUAAAAAUAACUUUACGGGUGCUUCCAAAUGGCUUUUUCCUUGCAGAAGGUCGAUGUUUCCUUGCAAUUCACACUGAACAAUGUGAUCGCCGUCCAGAAGUCGUUCUUGCUCGACAGCUCCCCCGAGUUCGAACUGGCUGCGUACACAGUCUGUGCUCUAUCCGGCCAGACGACGGUUUCAAAGUAAGAAAAACUUACCUAAAUCAGUUCUUCAGUGCAAUGUCGUGAUCGAUAAAGCGCUCAUCGACUUGAAGGCAACUACUACCACUGCGAAUGGAGUUGUUGUGGUAAUCAAAUUCAGAUCUUUAUUAUCAAUGACCGGAAAUUCCAGAUUAGCGAAUGCUAUCCAACGCCUGGCCAUGCCGCCUCUGGUACCACCAAAAAACCAAAAAACAACGACGCUGAUCUUCAGGUUGAAAGAACGUUGAAUUCGAUAGCAGUUUUUCAAACUCCAGGCUCUUGUUGAUCAGAUGUGGGCAGCUGAUAACGAUAAGCCAAGCAGCUCAGAUAUCAAGAUGGAUUGGGGCAGCAAACAGACAGGAAACAAUGACAACAGUCCAAACAAGUUUGUCUUCAGAGAUUAUUUUGAAACAGUUAAUUAUUGCAAAACAAUUUUGCAGUCUUUUCACAACGGUCAACGAAGGCCUCUUCACCCGUCCAGUGUACGCUGAUCUGAUAACCACCUACAACAAAGACCUUUUCACUCCUGGAGUAUGAAAUAUAACCAAAAACCUUUACUAACCUGAAACUAGGUUUGCGUUGCUGAACCACCCAUGACUGGCUUCCGAAAGCAGUAUCUUCAAACCGUUUUUGAUACAUUCACUGCCACUCCAAUGUUCCAAUCUGCAUUCAAAUACCUCCAAGACAAGAGUAAGAUUGUCAAUCUACUUAUGUUCAAUUUUUUAUUUUCCAGAGAUAAAAAACACCAACGACCUCACAACCUUCAAGCCUUUCUUGUGGACUCUUUGGUUUGGAACUUACAGUCGAUGCAAAGGAACGCUAGGAAGCUCUGGUGGGCUAUCGUGAUGGAGCAUAUAGUUUCAAAGGAUUUUUUUUUCAGGCUGGGAGCACGUUUUCUCUGGAGAGUGGAAAGGAUCUGACGUGGACGGUCAACACAACUGGGUCCGCUACUACCUUCUGCAAAAAGACGGACAAAUGAACUACCAUGGAUAUUACAGUCAUGACGAGGUCAGAACUUAGAAAAAGAGCUGUUAAUAUUCAUUACUCGAAUUUAGAACUUGAUCGGAACUUUCCAAUACACUUGGCACAAUGAGCUGAAGCCUAAAGGUGGAUUCUUCACAGGAACUUCUCCUGGUGAGUUUUUAGAUUUUUUUCUUUUUUCAUUCCAAGCAAAUGAAAUUUUUUCAGCCUUUGAUUUCUCAAUUCUGACUGUUUGUGCUCUGGCCCACUCUGGCUCCGAUGCUUGCAAAUUCAACAUUGGAAACUACCCGAUCUACAUCACUUCUUAUACUCAAGACUGCGCCGACGGUAAAAAAUUAGAAACCUAAUCUUUAAUGAAUUUUUUGUUGCAGGAACGUGUCUCUCUACCGCGUAUCCAAGUGAUGAAUCGUAA